AUGGACCCGGCUUCCUCUGGCAUCCAGGAGCCCUUUGACUUGAUUAGGCUUUCGCUCAGUGAACGUGUCUUUGUGAAGUUGCGCGGAGAUCGCGAAUUGACUGGUGUUCUGCAUGCUUAUGAUGGACACAUGAAUCUAAUCCUAAGUGAUGUUGAAGAGACUAUUAUGAUCGUUGAUCAAGUCGAAGGUGCACCCGAAGGGAAAGGGACUGUAAAUGUUGCGAAGAGGAAAAUGGAGAUGCUAUUCGUCAGAGGAGACGGCGUGAUUUUGGUGUCGCCUCCUUCGCGAACUUAA